AUGACAACUCCAAAUGGCAACAUCAAAACAGAAGAACAAAAGAAUGGCUCUAAACCAAAAAAGCAGCACAAAAAUAUUUUCUAUAAAUUUUUUCUCAAAAAGAAGUCUCAAAAAGUAACAAACAGUUGUAAAGAGACAAAGGAGUCACCAUCUUGUAAUUUUUGUGAGUCUUUAACAUGUGUAACACAAUCUAAAAACAAAAAUUAUAAUAUUGACACCAAUAUUGAAGUAAGCAUUGGUGAUGAAUCGAGUGAUUUGCAACAAUCGACAAAUACUUUGAAAAAGGCUAACAAUUUAUUUUUUGAGUCUUCAUCUUGCCACAACUUAGAUUCAACUGAACAAUCUACUUUACCUCUCCGAGACGAUUCUUUCCAGCAUGAAGGCAAUAUAAGCUUCAAAAUAGCUUCACCAGUUGAGCCUAUCAAGUAG